AUGACUAAACUAUCAAAGUGGCUCAAAGGAAAUCUCAAGGAUAAUGUUAAGGAAACAUUUGAAGCAACUAUCGAACAUCUGCUUAAGUUAAACCCUCCCAUAAAAAAAGGCAAUAAAAGACAGGCCUUGAUGUCUUCAUUACAAGCUUUGAUGAAAAAUGACGAAUCCGUACAUGAAGAAUACGAAUCCCUAAAUGCGUGGGUUAACGUUAAUAAUUCUGAGAAAGAGAAGAAGAAGAAAAGUUUAAAGAUUGUUGAUAAAGAACACCAAGCUAUGUUCAAAAAAGCUCGUGUUGUUCAGUACAAUAUCUCUUAUAGAGCAGGUUCCGCACAAACGCAAAAUUCAAACAAUAUCGUGAGUGAACAUGAAGUUUCUACAGACAUUAAAGAAGCUCAGGAAAUAAAUCCACUAAAUGGACAGAAAGUAAAAGAAGAGAAGGAGGACAACUUAUUAUUACGAAUUCCGCAUAA